AUGCAGGCGAACACACACGACCUGGCGCUGUCGUUGGAGCACGAGAUACACGCGCUGUCGACAGGUCGGUCAGAGCUCUGGGAUUGGAAUGGCAGGGACCUGGUCGGCCCCGACACCAAGAUCGUCCUCGCCAACGGCCUGCACUUCAAGGCGAAGUGGGCACGGAGGUUCGACCCGUCGGACACCGUUCCCCACGACUUCUUCCGCCGCGACGGCAGGCCCGUGCGGGUGCCGUUCCUGUCGGACGCCGGCAUGCAGUGCGCCGAGAGCUUCGACGACCCGUGCCUGGGGUUCAAGGUCAUCCAGUGCUUCUACAAGAUGGUGGGGCGCGAGGGCAGGCUGGACCCCGGGGCGCCGUGCUUCUGCAUUCUCAUCUUCCUCCCGCACGGGCGCGACGGGCUCGCCGACCUGCUGCGCCCGGCCGUCACCCAGCCGGACUUCGUCAUGCGGUGCGCGCCCCGGCGCGAGCAGGUCGUGUGCCCGUGCAUGAUCCCCAAGUUCAAGUUCUCCUCCGGGCUCGACGUGGUGAGCGCGCUCUGCCAGCUCGGGCUGACCGCGCCGUUCGACGAGGGCGUCGCUGACCUGUCCGGGAUGGUGUCGAACAUGCCGCCCGAGGGGCUGUACGUGUCGGCGGUGCGGCAGACGUGCGCCGUGGAGGUCGACGAGGAUGGCACGGAGGCGGCGGCGGCGACGUACUCCGCUUCAAGCCCAACUUACAGUCCUCCGGAGAAUCCCCCACCGCCGCCGAUGAGCUUCGUCGCGGACCAUCCGUUCAUGUUCGCGAUCGUCGAGUACGAGAAGGCCGAGGUCUUGUUCCUCGGCCACGUCAUGGAUCCUUCCCAGGAGAAUUGA